AUGGCCUCUAUGUUCGGCAAAGGCAAUCAAAGUUGCACACUUCAAGGAAGGUUUAACUUGCCAGAGCUUUCACAAGAUGGAGACAUCAUCAUUGGUGGAGUUUUCCCCAUUCAUUACCGAGGAGAGCUUCCAAAGACUUCCUACCAAAUUCUACCAGAAACUCCAACAUGUAUAGAUUUUAACCUGAGAGCAUUUCGCUGGGCUCAGUUGAUGAUUUUUGCUAUUGAAGAAAUUAAUAAUGACCCAUUACUACUUCCCAAUAUCACUCUGGGGUAUAAGAUUUACGAUUCCUGUGCCACUCCAGUGUUGGCUCUUAGAGCAGCCCUGACAAUCCUUAAUGGUCAAGAUGAAAAUGUUACACUUUUGAAAUGCCGUGGAGGUUCUUCAGUGCAUGCACUUAUUGCUGAUGCUGGCUCAACACAAUCCAUAGCAAUCGCCCGAACAGUGGGGAUAUUUGGAAUACCAAUGGUUAGUUACUUUUCUUCGUGCACGUGUUUGAGCAAUAAAAAGCAAUUCCCAACCUUUUUCCGAACUGUACCCAGUGAUUAUUUCCAAGUCACAGCAUUUGUGCAGCUUGUGAAACAUUUUGGUUGGACUUGGUUGGCAGUGUUUGGAUCCAAUGAUGAUUAUGGACACUUGGGAAUUUCGACCUUUGUGGAACAAGUCACAAAAGUUGGAGUCUGUGUUGCUUUCUCUGACUUUCUCCCCAAAGUGUAUGACAAGGAGAAAAUCCUGCACCAAGUCAAGCUCAUUAAAUCGUCGAACGUCAAAGUUAUUCUCGCCUUUGCUCCUGAGAUAGAUCUGAGCUUCUUGAUGGAGGAACUUGUGCGGCAGAAUGUCACUGGAUUGCAAUGGUUGGCUAGUGAAGGCUGGAGCACUGCAGCACUGCUCUCUACAGCAGGCAAUUCUGAAACUUUGGGUGGGACGUUGGGUUGGGCAAUUCGUAGGGCUGAUAUUCCCGGUAUUAAACAGUUCCUGGUCAGGCUCCAUCCAUCCAAGUACCCAGGCAAUGUAUAUAUUAAGCAGUUUUGGGAAGCUGUGUUUCAUUGUACGUGGACACCAUACAACAACACAGGAGAAACAAGGAUGGGGCCUUCAAAACAAGAGUGCACUGGCCAAGAAAACUUAAAAGACGUCCGUACCAUAUUCACUGAUGAAUCACAAUUGAGAGUUUCCUACAAUGCAUAUAGAGCUGUUUAUGCUGUGGCCCAUUCUAUCCAUAACAUAAUGCUGUGCAAAAAGGGCCAAGGGCCAUUUAUCAAUAAAGCAUGUCCAGACAUUUCAAACCUUAAACCUUGGCAGGUCCUGCGUUACUUAAAGGAGGUUAACUUUACAACUACGCUUGGAGAUGAAGUGAGAUUCAAUGCCAAUGGUGAUCCUCUUGCAGUCUAUGAUCUCUUGAAUUGGCAGGUCGACUCAAAUGGGAACAUUAAGUACGUUAAAGUUGGCCAGUACGAUGCAUCUGCUGAGACUGAGAACCAACUGGUGAUACAGGAGAAUGCUAUAAUCUGGAAUGGAGGACAGAAAAUGGUCAUCAAGUCACAGUGCAGUGAAACUUGUUUACCUGGAACAAGAAAAGGAGUCAGACCUGGACAGCCAAUUUGUUGCUUUGAUUGUAUACCCUGUGCUGAAGGUGAAAUUAGCAAUGAAACUGAUUCCGUGGACUGCUUGGCAUGUCAGUCCGAUUACUGGCCAAACCUAAAUAGAGACAAAUGCAUCCCAAAGGAAAUUGAGUUUUUGUCAUUUGGAGACACCAUGGGGAUCAUUUUAACAACAUUGUCCUUAUUUGGUGCUUGCAUAUCAAUGGUUGUUAUGGCUGUUUUCUACUAUUAUAAGGAUACACCUAUUGUCAAAGCUAACAAUUCUGAGUUAAGCUUUCUUCUUUUAUUUGCAUUGGUAUUCUGCUUCCUCUGCUCCCUUCUCUUCAUGGGUCAACCAACAGUCUGGUCCUGCAUGUUCCGACAUACAGCAUUCGCAAUCAUAUUUGCCCUUUGCAUCUCUUGCAUCCUUGGAAAAACAAUCACAGUAUUAAUGGCAUUCACUGCAACACAUCCAAAUAAUGAUGUUAUGAAAUGGUUUAGUCCACUACAACGAAGUCUUGCUGUGUUUCUUCUGCCAUCAAUUCAAGUUGUGAUAUGUAUUCUGUGGUUGAUAUUAUCACCCCCAUUUCCAGCAAAGAAUAUUGAAUAUCAAAGUGUGACCAUUAUAUUAGAAUGUGAUGUGGGGUCAGCAACAGCCUUUUAUUGCAUGUUGGGCUACAUUGGCUUACUCUCUGUUAUGUGCUUUGUUCUUGCAUUCCUAGCACGUACGUUGCCAGAUAACUUCAAUGAAGCAAAGUUUAUCACUUUCAGCAUGCUGAUCUUCUGUGCAGUUUGGAUAACUUUCAUCCCAGUUUACAUCAAUUCCGGAAAGUACAUAGUAGCUGUUGAAAUAUUUGCAAUAUUGUCUUCCAGUUUUAGUUUGUUGGUCUGUAUAUUUGCUCCAAAGGUUUAUAUCAUUCUAUUGAGGCCAGAACUGAACACCAAAAGAAAUAUAAUGGGCCGGUCGUCCUCUAACAAGUUUUGA